AUGGCAGUUGACAGUAGUGGUUGGGUGUUGGGCAAGGCAUUUGCCCCAGCGCAUGUGACUAGGCGUAACACGUGUGUUAUUCCGUCUGAGUAUUGCCGAUAUAUAUGCAUUCUUGCCGGCAAUAAACUAUCCAUAAUUUUCGCGCCGGAAGGCCAGAACAUCGUUCGAAAUAUCGCUCUCAAAGAGAGCAUCACAGGUUGCGUUAAAGCUCUUCGAUGGUCAAAACCACCUGGGCCCUCAAUUGCUGAACCCGAUGCAUUUUCACCUGACAGCCAACGCAUUCUCUGCGCGAGCGGAAACUAUAUUUCCGUCUGGGAUUUGCACGAUGAGAAUUGGUGUGCCGAAAUCGAAGCUGGCGACACAUUCAAUCUCACCUAUGUCGAUUUUGCAGCCACCCAUGAUGAAGUUAUCGCCUUUUCGGAAUUCAACGUCCACCUAACGAUAUUCUCCUUGUCGACUGGUAGUCAGCGCGUGAUAAAAUCACCCAAGUUUUCCAAUGCGACCGGCUACGGUUUUCGUCCCGCUACGGGCCACCUAGCGCUGCUGCUGAAACUUGACGCGAAUGAUACCCUAACUAUCCAUGAGCCUGAAACUUAUGAAGCCAUCACUACAGUGACUCUAAACACCGUUGAUGCCCAGGGCUUAAAAUGGAGCCGCAAUGGCGCGUGGUUGGGUAUCUGGGACUCUGCGAGCACGAUGCCCAGGGUUGAGAUUUACACUGCGGAUGGGCAGUAUUACAGGACCUAUAGUGAGGCAGCCAACGAUUCAAAUCUGGGAGUGAAAACGAUAGAAUGGAGUCCAGAUUCGCAACUUUUGGCUAUUGGGAGGCAUGAUGGAACUGUUGCACUGACUAACUGCAAGACAUUCUCUUUACUCUCAGUUCUUCCAGACCCUCUCUCAUUUGGGUCUAUAGGCCGCGAUAUCUACGUAGAACAACAGUCCAGCGUCACAAACGGGAUGAGUGAGUACGUCCUAGCUCCGAAAUCACCUGUUUUCCCAUAUACUUUCAGCAGCGCUGGUGGGGGGCAACGCGCAGUAUCCUCAAUUGCCUUCAGCAGAAACAGGCACAUGCUGGCAACAAUCGACCAAAGCCUUCCCCAUAUCGUGUGGAUGUGGUCAACCAAAAGCCAAACCCCCAAGUUGAUUGGUUGUUUGAUCCAAAAAUCCAGUGUCCGCCAGCUGCUCUGGUGUCCCACGUUCCCGGAACUACUGAUGACAGCCAACGAUGAUGACAUACCCACGGUGCACCAAUGGAUAUGCAAUCGUAGACCGCGAAUCGCUCGAAUACCCCUUGCGGAUGGAGGGAAGUACUCCGCCUCUUGGGUCAGGGCAGACUGUCGCCAGAGUGGUUUGAUAUGUCAUACCCCACUCGCAAUUUCGCACCUUGGUUCCUCUUCAGAAGCACCCGCAGCAAGCUCCGGCGGCAAGAAGCAGAAGAAGAAGUGGUCCAAGGGCAAAGUCAAGGACAAGGCCAACCAUGCCGUUGUCCUCGACAAGGCCACUUCCGAGAAGCUCUACAAGGAUGUGCAGUCCUACCGCCUCAUCACCGUCGCUACCCUCGUCGACAGACUGAAGAUCAACGGCAGCUUGGCCCGGCAAGCCCUCGCCGACCUGGAGGAGAAGGGCCAAAUCAAGAAGGUUGUUGGUCACUCAAAGAUGAACAUCUACACCCGCGCGGUUACCGCAGCCGAGUAAACGAAUUUCUCCGAACCAUUUUCCGGUUCCUCUUCUGUCCCCGGGGUUUUGCGUUCGUCAAAAUGGUGUUCUUCAAUUUCCUUCUGAAUGUUCUUGUUUUUAUCAAUUUCCCCCCCCCUUCUGUUCCAUGUUUAGCUCGUCGUCAUGAGUGUAUGGAUAUAAAAAGAAAUAAAAACGAUUAUAUCUGCAUUGUGGAGA